AUGAAGUUCUUUACCAUCGCUGCUGCCGUUUCCGCCGUCUUUGCCGUUUCCGCCGUCGCUAGCCCCUAUGAGAACGGUCGUGACAAUGACCUUGCCGCUCGCCGUUGGGGUGGUGGUGAUGACACCGUCCAGAUCAAAGGCUGUGAAGGUCAAGGCGAUAUCACUGGCGUUCUUCCUGCUGUUUUGCAAGCCGGUGUCCUCUCGAACAACAAGAAGUACUGCAUCCAGGAAGUCGAUGACGUGGACCACUAG